UUGCAGUACUGGGAAUGCUUGUUUAACUACAAGUCACUCUUCAUUUAGCCUAUCUUCUCUCAAUAUUUUUUUGAAAACAUUUUCAUUGAAGGUGGAAAAAACAAAAAUCAUGACCUACACUUGCCACCGCUAAACCACAGCAAGGUCCUUUACGUUUUCCACAAAUCCACAUCAUGGUCAAAAGAUCAUCACCUAACCUAAAGCUAGAGAGAAUCCAAAUGCAAACGCCAUGUCUCUGUUUCUGCUUUGCUUGUGAAGGGGUGAACUGGUGAUGCAAGUGCAUCCAGAUCAUGCCGUGGAUGUGUGACUUCCAAGGCAUUCUUCGCACUCAAUAAUCCAACCGAAAGCAUCUAGUGCGAGAGAUUGACAUGGCUGCUCUCCCCAGAUGAGACACCUCACCCUACCUGCAGGCCUCGUUGAAGCAGAAGAAAGAGGUUGAAAGAAAACGAAAGCCUGAACACGCACCAACUUGAGGAGAACAAAGGAAACGCUGCAUUUUUCACGCACCUAACUGACUAACUGACGAAAGUUUCAUGGUGCAGCGGAGGAGGGAGCUCAGUCGCUCUUCUUCCUCUGCUGAGAAAUGGCCAAGCUGCCUGAUCUCGGCUCCGACUUCGCCCAGAAGCUGCUGAAGGACCUCCGGCAGCGCCGGGAGCGGCUCGGGUUCGAGUCUGCGGCGGCGCAGCGCGGCAUGGCGAACGCCGCGCCUCGGGAUGCUUAUUCGAAUGCUCAGAAACCACUUCAAGUUCAUAAGCCACAACAAGCAGCUCCUCGGGUAGGAAGAUCAGAAGCAACAACAAAUAGAUUAUACCGGCAAGGCAACAACUCCAUUGCCGAACUCAGGAAGCCGCGCCACCAUGACACGCUGGCCGUUGCCCACUCGCACGCUAUCGUGCCGUUCCAAGGAGGAGGAGGAGGCAUCAAGCCGAAGCCGGCGGUCAAAGUCGACGUCGACGUGCAGAUGGCGCUGGCCCUCGCGCUCAGCAACAGCGGCAAACUUCAGAACAUCCAGCUCGUGGCCCGCAAUGGAGAAAACUACCUGCUGCCUCCCAAUGCGCACGUCGGCAAGGUGGCCAUUGGAGUACAGAAGCUGAAUGACAUACUCAUGGCGUACUCUUCAGGUGCCGGCUCGAGGGACUUCGGCAGGAGGGGCUCGGUGGAGAUGGGGAAGCAGCUGCUCAGAGGUGCCAUGGACCUGGAGGAGUCCUUGAGCAUGCUUAUGAUGUUACAAGAAGCCUCGGACUACAUGGAGACCUCAGGGAACGGCAAGGUGCUGCUGCUGGAAGGCACGAAGAGUCGGAGGAGCUCGGCAUGCUCCUCGAGUUCCGCAAGGCUGGUGGAGAUCGUUGAUGAAGAUUCAGAGGCCGAUCAAGGCAACGAUGCAAAGAGCUCAUCAGAUGCCUCUAUGCAGAUUGUUCCUCACAGAAAGCCUGAGAGUUCCAGUCCAAACCACAGCUCAACCUUGCAGCUUACUACUGUGACAAACAGUUCCAAGAGCCAUGCUUCUAGAGGUGAAAAGGAAGAUUCAAAGGUGAGGAUGCCCAGUCUGAUUGCCAAGCUGAUGGGGCUGGAUAAUCUUCCAUCUGCGAAGGCGGCUGCGGAGCGCAAGGGGACAGAGAAGUUUGUAAAACCUGAAGCAGUGCCAAGAAAGGUAGCGGCGACAAAUGUGAUGGUUGGCACAUUACCGAUACGGAUUGUAGCUUCAGAAAGGGUGCCAUCCAAAGGGCAAAUCAAGAAUUUGCUGGCAAGAGAGUGGAAUAUUAGCCUGACAAAGUCUGAAGAAUCUGAAAGUGCUACCGUACAGUCAAACAGAAAUUCACAUUUUACAGCUGACAGGCAAACAAGGCAAACCAUGAGUCAGGUGUUAAAUAAACAGGAAAGUACAGAGAGAAGAGUUAGUCAAAGCCAAGUAGUUGAUGAGAAAAUCAUCCAUAAGAACAUGAAGCUGACCAAAGAAAGCAAGCUGCAAAAUCCCGUCAGCGUUGGAUGCCGCAAUGAUGCAGGAAAAAGGAUGGGCUUUCUUCAAAGGUUUAGGAAAAAUGCAAACAACAAAUCAGUCGUGGAAGAGAGAGAUGUUAUUCAAGAAAAUAAUAGAACACUUGGAAAGAAGCAAACCGCAAGCAUGAAACUGUUGCUGGGCAGAGACAGUGAGGCGAAGCCAAGGAGGACGAAAGAGAAGUUCAACAAGGAAAACCUUGGCUCUACUGAAGUCAAGGCUGAAGGAAAGAAUGGCAAGACAAAUCAAAAGAGAAAGCAAGCACAAAUUAAGCAAACAAAUAAACGCAUCAUGGCGAAAAAGGUGCAGAAUUAUCGGCAAACGCAGAGUGAAACGGCCAGUCAGAACCCAGAAGACAAGAGGUCGCUGAAAUCAGAAGCAAUGCGUACGAAACAGAAGCUUGAAUAUACUGCACUGAUACAACAGAAUAAUGGCAGGCAUGAAAAAGUAGAUGGCAUUUGGAGUAGCAAACCAUCAGAUGACACACCUGAUGAUGGUGGUAUUUUCGAACAAUCAACAGGAGAAAUGAAAGAUAACAGCACAACUAGAGGGGCUUCAUCAGACCAAUCUGAAAGGCAAACAACUGAAGAAAUCGACGAUCCAACCUCUGCUGUUUCACUGACAAGUGAAGACUCAAACGUCUUAGAUCAGGGUGCAAUUGCUGAGACAAAUGCUGACAGAAUUAAUCACAAAGCCAGUGAGACUACUCAGAUACCGGAAACGUUUUCUGAAGGAGAACAGCAGCAGCUGCUGCAACAGCAACCACAACAAGUGAAAGAAGUGAAGGGUCAACCAAGGGAUGGUUUGGAUCAUACUACAGAGUCCGGUAGUCCAACAGAUUUGAGAAACCACAAGAUGCAAGUUAUUUCAUGUGAUUCAUUCACAGAGAAUCAACUCCUUCUCACAGAAAUGUUGCUAAAGGAUCACUACUUGCUUGAAACUGCAAAGGCGAUUACCGGAAUCCAUGUUCCAGUCAGUGUUGUCGAUGUCAACACAGGGAAGUGGUUAGACAAAAGCAAUCAGGUUCUUUCAGACAUAGGGCGAGAAGUGAUCCGAAGAAAAUGUAAACGAACCGAGGCGAUGGUAAAUGUUAGCAUGACACGCACUGCUACCCCGAGAUUGCAAACUCUGGAUGAUCUUAUCAGAGAAUUGGACAGCGAUAUUCAGUCUCUGAACAUCCCCAAGAAACCUCACCAGCAGAGUUGGGAUAGCACAGCUGAAAAGUUGAAAAUGAUACUUCUCAGGGACAUUCAGAACACACAUUCAGACGCCAACUCGAUGUGGGAUUUUGGUUGGAGCCGCAUGUCGGAUCUCCCAAUCGAACAGAAUGAAGUUAUCAAGGACUUGGUGAAGAACAUAUUGGGUGGCAUCAUCACAGAUGUAGCAAGGGAGCUCAUUGAAGUGUCUAUACACCAAGGCGUGCUGUGCCUGUGAAGCCUGACUAGUUGUGACAUGAUGUAACCAUGGCCUAGUUUGGGGUCUGCAAGGUUUUCCAGUGGAAACAGUUCCUAUAAGUUUUUGUGCAUAAAGGGGUGUGUGCACGCUAGUGUUUUUUGGUGGCAUUCAAAUAAAAAUGCGUUGUAAGAAUUUACAGCUAUUAGGAUUUGAAAAUUUUAGUCUUACUUGGGCACCAGUAUUUCUGCCUUA